AUGCCCCAAGCUCAUCACUUUAAACUUUCUACUGGAACGCUUGAGGGAGUAGACUCUGGUCUUUGGAAGAAGAACCGGGCACAGAGCGUGGGGUUAUAUGAAGUAAUCGAAUUCGAAGCUCACAUUUUAGUAACUGACCAGCCAAUAUGCCGAAAGCCAAAUGCCGACCUCAUCAUUACAUCAAAAGUCUACAUUGAAGAUACUUCCAUCGUUUGGGCUUCCCAAAUUUGA